CCCUUUGUCCCUACUUCCCUAAUCUUUCCUUGAACUAACACUGUCUACAACAGUUGACUGGACCGAGUUGCACACUUCCACCACUCGCUCGACUCACCAGGCGCCAAUUUCAAUCAAUCCAAUCCAAUCCCUCCAAAGAUAAGGUUUUUACUCUCUACCCUUCUUCUUCUUCUUCUUCUUCUUCUUCUUCCCUUCUUUUGCCUCUUUCUCUCUCCUCCAUUGUUACACCUCCUUGAAGGAGAGAGAAGGAGAUAGCUUUCAAUUUGAAAAACCAAUAAACACAGUAAAACCCAGAAGCAGAAGAACAAAUAUGACGACAUUACAAGCUUCUCUUUUGUUGAAACCCCCAAAUUCUGUCCCUUUAAUACGUUUAUCCCCAAUUCUUCGUUUUAGCCCUCAAUUUUCUCAAUCUUUUGCCCUAAAUUAUUGUAUUUCUCGUUCCCGUAAAUUUUCCAUUAGUUGUUGCACAUUACACCCUCAAAACCCCCACAUUAGCUCAAAUUCUGACCCAAUUGAAAAACCCAGUUCCUCGAAUUCUGAUUCUUUCCUUGAAUUUGAUGGUAAAAAUGGGGAUAAUUCUGCCCAGGAGCUUGAAAACCCUAGUAUUAGCAGUAUUAGUGAUAGUGGUAAUGAGGAGAGUGUCUUGAGAAUUGGGGAGAGAGAAAGUGAUGAGGAGAAUGAGGGUUUUGAAGGGGAGAAGAAGGGGGAAGAGGGUAAAUUGGCAAUAGUAGUGUUUUUGGUGGGAGUUUGGGUUAAUUUUAAAAAAAAGUUGGAGAAUAUUUGGUUAUCUGGGUGGUUGAGAUGGUGGCCGUGGCAGCAGGAGAAACGGCUGCAGCGUUUGAUCGCCGAGGCCGACGCCAAUCCGAAUGAUGCCACCAUGCAGAGUUCUUUGCUCGCUGAGCUCAACAAGCAUAGCCCUGAAUCUGUCAUCAAGCGAUUUGAACAAAGAGAUCUUGCAGUGGAUAGUCGAGGUGUCAUAGAAUAUCUUCGAGCUUUGGUAUCUACGAAUGCCAUUGCUGAGUACCUUCCUGAUGAGCAAUCUGGGAAGCCAUCCAGUCUCCCUACAUUGCUACAAGAGUUGAAACAACGUGCUUCAGGAAAUACAGAGGAGCUUUCCUUUAACCCUGGAAUAUCUGAGAAGCAGCCAUUACAUGUGUUGAUGGUUGAUCCUAAGGUGUCCAACAAAUCGUCUCGUCUUGCACAAGAGCUCUUCUCAACUAUCCUCUUCACUAUCGCUGUUGGUUUAGUUUGGAUAAUGGGAGCUACUGCACUUCAGAAGUACAUAACUAGCUUAGGUGGUAUAGGAACCUCUGGUGUUGGAUCAAAUUCUUCGUACUCUACCAAGGAAUUGAGUAAAGAAGUUGUUCCAGAAAAGAAUGUCAAAACUUUUAAGGACGUUAAGGGCUGUGAUGAUGCAAAACAAGAGCUCGAGGAGGUGGUGGAAUACCUCAAAAAUCCUGCUAAAUUUACUCGCCUUGGAGGGAAGUUGCCAAAGGGAAUUCUUUUGACUGGAGCUCCUGGUACCGGGAAAACACUGCUUGCCAAGGCUAUUGCCGGGGAAGCUGGAGUACCAUUUUUCUACAGGGCAGGUUCUGAAUUUGAGGAGAUGUUUGUUGGUGUUGGUGCUCGACGAGUGAGGUCUUUAUUCCAAGCAGCUAAGAAAAAGGCUCCAUGCAUAAUUUUCAUUGAUGAAAUUGAUGCCAUUGGAUCAACUAGAAAACAAUGGGAAGGACAUACCAAAAAGACCUUGCAUCAACUGCUUGUGGAAAUGGAUGGCUUUGAACAGAAUGAGGGCAUUAUAUUGAUGGCUGCAACAAACUUGCCUGAUAUUCUGGAUCCAGCUUUGACCAGACCCGGCAGAUUUGAUAGACAUAUUGUUGUUCCCAGUCCAGAUGUACAGGGUCGCCAAGAUAUCCUAGAGCUUUAUUUACAGGAUAAACCAGUUGCAGAUGAUGUCGAUGUCAAAGCAAUUGCUCGGGGUACCCCGGGAUUCAAUGGGGCAGAUCUGGCUAAUUUGGUCAACAUAGCCGCCAUCAAGGCUGCAGUGGAAGGUGCUGAAAAAUUGACAUCUUCUCAAUUGGAGUUUGCAAAGGACAGAAUAUUAAUGGGUACAGAGCGAAAAACUAUGUUCAUAACUGAGGAUUCCAAAAAGCUUACUGCAUACCACGAGAGCGGCCAUGCAAUUGUAGCUUUGAACACUGAGGGCGCUCAUCCCAUCCAUAAAGCUACAAUUAUACCACGUGGAUCUGCUUUAGGGAUGGUCACACAACUGCCUUCAAAUGAUGAGACCUCAGUUAGCAAAAGGCAACUAUUGGCCCGACUUGAUGUUUGUAUGGGAGGUAGGGUAGCAGAGGAGCUUAUAUUUGGUCAAGAUUACAUUACAACUGGAGCCAGUAGUGACCUUAACACGGCGACAGAGCUUGCUCAAUAUAUGGUAACAAGCUGUGGGAUGAGUGAUGCAAUUGGUCCUGUUCAUAUCAAAGAAAGGCCAGGUUCAGAUAUGCAGUCCCGUAUUGACGCAGAGGUUGUCAAACUCCUUAGAGACGCAUAUGAUCGCGUGAAGGCCUUGCUAAAAAAGCAUGAGAAGGCAUUACACGCUCUAGCUAAUGCUCUAUUGGAGUAUGAGACACUUAGUUCCGAAGACAUAAAACGUAUUCUUCUUCCAUAUCGAGAGGAAAGCCAGCUAGUGGAGCAGCAAGAACAACAAGAAGGGGAGCUUGUCUUGGUCUAAAAACCAGUUUCCCCUAUUAUGUCUUAUUGAAGAAUUAUAAAGUGGAGCUGCUGCUUGUGGAGGUACAAGCAGAUCGAAGGGCUGACUGCUCGAGCCAUCAUUGUAUAUUGUACACUAACAUACAACCUUGAUACACUAAGGCAGCUGCAACAAUUCCUUUGCUAAUGGUCGUCUUUGUUGUAUUAUCCAAUGGGUUUGCCACGCCGAUCAUCUUUGCAGACCACUUUUACAGAGAACUUCUAGGCUCUCAGCGAAGAAUCGUGGGGCUUUCAGUAAACCUCAGUGUCUUGGGGAAAUUCUGUGUAACUUAUUAUUUUUUCUAUAUCUUGAUAGAUGAUUAGCAGAAAUUGUCCAUAUAGCUGGGUCAGCAAAUGUUCCUCGCAUCUUAUACAUCCAGACAUCCCAAUCAUAUGCGCCAUAUUCUUCGUAUUUUAAAUUUGGUACUUUUAUAAAUUGAAUAAGGAAAAGUCUAUUUUGUUAUACGAACUUAUGUACUAUUAAUAUUAUUAUUUCAGUUUUA